ACCAGCACCAGCAUGAGGAAACCUCACAUGGUUGCUAAACGUAAAACUAGAGGGUCCCUGCAGCUGGAACAGCGUUUCUGACACACAUCACACUGGGGAACCUUGAGAAAAUGUCUGCGGCUAAAGUCAAAAUGCGGGAGAAGAAGAUGAGAAAUCAGCCUGCCAGUGUGCAGUAUCCAUCUUCUUCAUCUAACGUGGAGAGCAGCACACAGAAUGGAGCAGACGCCCCUGGCACCGGAAAAAAUGCUGAUCCUCUCAAAGGUGGUCUUUCGGAGGUGCACCCCUCUACAGAAAGGCAGAAGAAAACUCCCCACCAGAGCGGAUGGGUCCGUGGACAUCAUAAAGAUGGUGGUGGCUACACUAAGGAAAUGCCCAAAUACAUCACUGCUGGAGCUUUUGCAAGGGCCAGGGCUGCAGAGGUGAGCGCCAUGUUGAAAGCUGUCAGAAAGACCACAAGCAGCAGCCGUGUGUUUGAAGCUCUGCCCAAACACAUGAGGAGACGAGCCAUGAGCCACAACACCAAGCGACUUCCUCACAGACUGAGAGAGGUGGCCAAUAGAAUGCGGGAGAAGAGCCUCCAGGCUGGCUCCAAAAAGAAGAAGGAGCCGGCAAAGAGCAAGAGCCGCAAGGCCCGGCGGCGCCACGGAAACCUGCUGCUGGAGUUCAACCGCCGUCAGCGGAAGAACAUUUGGCUGGAAACGCACAUUUGGCACGCCAAGCGCUUCCACAUGGUUAAAAAGUGGGGUUACUGCCUCGGGGACAGGCCCACAUACAAAUGCUACAGGGCUUGCUACAGAGCAAUGAGCAGCCACUGCCUCCUACAGGAUCUCUCUUAUUACUGCUGCAUAGAGCUGCAGGGGGACGAAGACAAGCUUCUAGCUGCUCUUUCACAGCUGACCAGCAAGGAAGCAGGCCCUACGUUUGCUGCAGCACUGUGUCUGUCAGGAAGGAGACAGGGCAGUGUCAUGGUGUACAGAGCAGGACGGUACCCCUCACAGCCCCUGGGCCCCGUCACCUUCCUCUGGAGACCCCGCACACAGGGCUCAGUGCACAGGCAGCUGUGGAUCUGGGCUCAUCCCACUCUUAAGCAGGAUCUUCUGCCUGAAUUACAAACUGUGUGUCAGUGUUGUGAGGCUGUAUUACCUCCGGCUGCACCAGUAGAGGUUAAUCCCACCUUGGAGGCCGAGUCAGAGCCUGAAAACACACCUGAGGCCAAGCCGGUACCUGGAAUCAAGAGAAAGCGUAGCCGUAAAGAUGCCACUGGACCCCCUGCAAAGAAGAUCCUGGGUGAUGGAACAAGAUUACCCUCCACCCCAGUGAGCUGGAGGUCCAGCUCAAAUGGACUAGUUAUAAACGAUCUCACAAUGGAGAUUGUGCGCUAUCGGCUGAUUGGACCACAGUCCCAUUCGGUGUUGGUAGACACUUUAGAAGCUGCUACAGGCUGUGAUGAAGUGCAGAAAUCCCAGACUUGCUCCCUCUGGUGGCCUCAGCACUGCUCAGAUGAGGCCAAGAUGACUCUGCAUCAACAACAAGCUGAUAUCUUUAACAUCCUGAAAGGCAUCUAUUCGACCUCCGAGCUCCCCUCAGGCACGGUGCUGGGUCUGACUGUGGAUGACCCGAGGCUCACUUUACCAAGAAAGAGAGUUAAAGCUUUGCCUUGCGUAAAGCAGGCACAAGAGGUGGACGAGGAGAAGAGGCGUAAGCUGAUGUUGGAGGGAGUACCAGAGCCUUGCUGUCAGAGUUUCAUUUGGGAACAGUCUGUGCGAGACAAUGUCACCGAUAACAAGAUAUCUGAGCAGGAGCUGAACCGUAUGAGGAGUGAGGUGCUGGUGCCAAGCUCCAGGCUGAGCCCAACUCCCCUGCAGGGUCGUGUCCCCAUUCUCCUUGUUCAUCAGCCGGGCAAGCAGGUUGGGCAUGAGAUGAGCUCGUGGGGUGCUGGAUGGGACCUGUUGCUUCCCAAAGGCUGGGGGAUGGCCUUCUGGAUCCCACUGGUGUACAGAGGAGUUCGCAUAGGUGGACUCAAUAUGAGUCUGAAACACUCUCAAAACAAAGCAGCGCCUCACUUUCCCCGUGAUUAUCCAGACUGCCCUGCAGGCAUGCGUUUUCAGGAGGAGCAGGAGGCCGAACUGCUGGACAAGUUUAAAAGGCAUCCACCCGCCAAGAGGACCAAUUACAUUAAGCAUGGCUGUGUGGCUCCUUUCCGUUGCCCUUGGCAACAACUGGCAGAGGAGUGGGAGAUCAUCGUGCGGGAAGGAGGCAGCCAGACACGAACCACAGCGCAGGCUGACGCUGUGACCGAGGAGAGGACAUCACAACGGGCGAUCAGCAUAACAAAACCUCCGAGCCGCUUCACUGUACUGAGGAACAGAAAGGCUUUGAGGCUGCUUUCUGCCUGGUGCAGACCCACAACAUCCAAAGGUCAGAGGCCAUGCCGUGUUGGCGAGCUACCGCCUAUCAGCUGUGAAGCUGUGACGUCGUUCCUGUCAGCACAUGCGAUGAGUCUGGUGUGGGUGCAUGUGUCGCUGCUGUCAAAGGGCAAACCGGAGCACCAUGCCAUGUUAUGCGUGCCAACUCCAGAGGACCUAAAGGCGCUAGGAAAUCGACAAGGAACUGGCGGUCCUCAGGAGCCACCACACAGAGACCACUUUAAAAGCAGAAUUAAACGCAGAAAGAAGGACCCUAAGAAGGACCCUAAGAAGGCUGCAACAUCCUCUGUAACUCCUGAUAAGCCUGAUGGCAAGAAGGCAGACCUCAUCUUUGCUUCUGACUUAGACACCAACGCAUCCAAAGACCCUAAAUCCUUCUCGGAGUCUUCCUCAGACCUCGUCCUAGGGCUGUGGCCGGAUCCUCUGCCCAGUGUUGCCUCUCACUGCUCCCGGGUGACCGUGGGCUGGGUCAUUCAGGGUGACUUCUCCAUGUCUGCAGGCUGCGGGGAGGCUCUUGGAUUUGUGAGCGUUGCUGGGCUCCUUAAUACCCUCCUCAAUCAGACAAGCGAACACAAAGGAAAGCUGCUGCUUCGGAACCCCACCUCCUUGCACUACCGCUUUGCUAAGAUCAACAUAGAGGUCUGAGGUCUGUUUUAGUUUUUAGCAAGUUAAUGCCAAGAGUUCAGUAAAUUGUUUGAUGUUUCAUUUGUUCAGUGAUUUGAUGGAAUCUGUAUGCCUUGACUGAAGAUUUAUUGACUUGCAUGGCAUCACAACAAGCAACCUAGUGACUUUUUAGUUGAGUAUAGUAUACUCUGAGAUACAUCUUUAUUGAUUUAACUAAGUAAAACAAAAGGUAAUCUGUAAAAGAAUUCGUGGAAUACUGUAAAUGAAUGAGAGCC